UUUUUUUUUAACCUUCUUCAUAGGAAUUUUUUUUUUAAGAUAUGUUCAUAUUCCUAUGUAUAUCUUUGAACUCAGUUGAAACUACCUCUUUCUUCUUUUUUUUAAUUUCUUACAUCUUUUUUUCUUUUUCCACUACUACUACUUAUUUUUUUUUUUUUUACUAUCUUUCUUUCUUCCUUUCAUUUUUUUUUUCUGAUGUGCUUACUCAUGUUGAUAGAAUGCGAUUUAAUGCGACUAGAAACAAGAAUGGCCGAGAUGGAUUGAUAACACAAAUCAGUAAGAUAAAUACAACAACAUUUGACAGAAUGGAUCUAGAUAGACUUGUUACUGGUCGACAUGUAUUUACAGCACUGCAGUGUAGUUGUGGCGGUAUUUACAAUGUCAAAAUUGUACUGAUGGUGCGAAUGGGGGAAUAACAAACAAUCAUUAUCCUUGAUCAUUAGAUUAGUACUUUUAUUUAUGUCUACCUUUUUCUUUAUUUUAUUUUAUACUACUGUUAUUAUUUAUUAUUUUAUAUAUUUAUCCACUCAUUGAAUAAAAAUUCA